GAAUUCCCAGAAAUCGACGGAGAGCCAUCAAAGCGUGUUGUGCGUUCGGUUCGCUCGCUCAGGGGACGCUUGUUCGUUCGUUCGUGCUUGUUUUUCUGGUGAGCCUGUUUGUUUCGCGCAUUCUACGUUCGAUCGACGGAGCAUAGGAAGUGGUUUCGAUGGCGUUUCUUCGAUGAAAUUGCCCGAUGAUACGGAAGCAGUGCCGGAGAGUGAAUUAACUGCGAAUUAGUGAUUCGGAUACUAACCAGAUAGUGAGCAAUGUUAUCACUGCUUCAGAAGUAAGACGAAUGUAACUGUAGACGCAAAGUAUUUGUCCGUUUGGAAGCCACCACAUCGGGCUAAACAAGCGGGUAAAGCGCAAUAUCCAGAUUCGUGGAAAGGAUUAUAUGUUAAACUGUGUAUGAUAAUGGUGUGCAUUUUGUAUCACUAGAUUCGUGGAAAAGAUUAUAAGUUAAACUGUGCAUGAAAAUGGAAUUGGAAUUAAUGUAUUUGAUUAUGUGUACAUUUUUCUAGAAAACGAAUAUAAUUUAUCAUCAUUUGCGAGUGGUAUAAACGCGCGUGAUUGAAUAUUUACCUGGAAAUUUGUGUGACCGUGUGUAUAAGUGUGUGUGUGUCGCAGGAAAGGAAGCGAGCCAACGGGUUCUGUGUUUGAUUUGGUGUUGGAAUAAGAGCGAAAAGGAAAAUAAUUCCGCCGUGUUAACACUGCAAAACAAUAGUUUCGCGCCUGUGCCCUCGUGUGGGAAGGGCAUGUUACUCGCGUGUGGUGCGUGCAGAAAGUGAAGCGGUGCAACCGUCUAUGUGUUGUGUUUGCGAAUAUCGCACCACGGAUGAUGUCGUUGGUGGACGUUUGGAACAGAAACGAAGAAUCUCCAACGAAGAGUGAUUACCAUAAGCAAACUCACUACACCCCAUUGCACCAUAUGCAACUAGACACGAUGCAGGAUAUCAUAUGUGAGGACGAUACAGUGAGAUAUGUGCGCUUGAAAAGUGAAGAGAACGGUAGUGGAGGAAAUAACAAUAAUAACAGCAUCAGUAACAACAAUAACAACGGCAUCAACAGUUCGCCGUCGAGUAGCAGCAACGGCAACAAUCUACCAAUGGAUAAAGACGAAAAGCGGAUGCGUCGCGAAAUUGCGAACAGCAAUGAAAGACGUCGGAUGCAGAGUAUCAAUGCGGGAUUUCAGAGCCUGCGGCAAAUGCUACCACACCACGAGGGCGAAAAGCUAAGCAAGGCCGCAAUUUUGCAACAAACCGCCGAAUACAUAUAUUCACUAGAACAAGAAAAGACCCGGUUACUAUCGCAAAACUGUCAGUUAAAACGGACAAUUGAUCAACAAGAUCACAAUGGAACUCCAGAUCUAUCGCAGAAUGCGACACAAAUUGUAGCGAGCAACAAUACCACAAACGGUGCUGUGGUGGUCUCCCAACAACAACAGCUCGUAUCAAAUGUUGGAACUGGUGGAAGCGGUCAGCCAGGAACUACGGUAGUGGCAACCGUUGCCAAAAAGCGUAAAAUCGACACCAUCGUUACCGCGCAGCCGGUAUCAGAUUCAUCGGACGAGGGAUUAGGGUCAAUGUCGCCGGAACCGGUGUCGUUACGCGCUGUGAGUGUUUCCUCGAACGGAAGUAACUUAUCUAACGCGCACUCAGGCACGACAACGAUCUCAAGCCCGUCCACCCACGGGAGACAAUCGACGAUGGUAAACUUUUCCCUAAAAGACUACUUGGAAUUGAAACAUCAGCUUGAAGUAGAACGACGACAGAAAACGUUAAUUGAGGAUCGAUUGAAAGCAGUCGAACGUCAACUCUACUCUACCAGGAUACAGUAUCAGGAGUCUUCGGAACUGGUUGUACCCGACCUCAGCAACGAACCACCAUCAGUAUCAUCACUUGCUCCGGAGGAUGUGGCAGUUUCGAUUAUUCAUAAACCGGUCAGUAGUGGUGCAACAGUUACUGGUAAACUAUCGCGUGUUCCUGCUGAACUGGAAGGUGGCAUGCAAGUGAUCUCACUGGAUACCAACAGUCUGGGAAAGAAUCAACAUGUAGUCGUAUGUGCUGGAGAAUUGAUAGAAGAGGCACUUACCAUGCAGACCGUACCCGCAGCAACCAAACAGUUGGUUAUACCGAUGAAGGAAGAAAAGCUAUACAUCAAACGGUCACGAUCUCGUUCGCCGACAGUAGGAGAAGCGACCGUGGUAACGUUGCCACCUAAGAAAAAUCGGUAUCCUUCUAUCUUAGAGGCAGCCAUCAAAGCUGAACCGAAGGUGGAAGUAGAGCGAAUCGAUUCACCUUCUUCAAUUGUGGUUACUGAUGAUCAGAUGAUGGUGUCAACGACAGGUUCGCACCUGGUCGGAACAGGCACCAGUUUAACAACUGUCCAACAGCCUAGACUCAAUUGUAACUAUCGCCACAACCUCGAAACUAUAGUUGAAGCAAUCCGUCACCUCGAAGGCGAUGCAUUUGAUGCAGUUGUACCAACCCAACAGCAGCAGCAGUCAUUACAUCAACCAGUACAACAACCUCAACCCACACAACCUCCAACAGCAGCAUCGCAAUCGACUAUACAACAGAGACCUAUGCAGGAAGUUCCACUGGCGUUGACAACUGCGAGUAAACAACAGAUUCCGUUAAUGCAAACGAAAUCUGACCGCGAUCACCGUCAAAGUCAGCUAGAACCGUACCUGAAGUUCCGAACAGCGCCAAAUGCAACCGCAAGUGCUGUACUUCCGACGGCUAGUACGUCUAAUUUAGCCGUCGUUGCUGCAUCUAGUGUGGUAACGGCAACGCCUCAGGCGAGCUCGAUCAUUUCCGUAUCGAUUGCACCAACCGGAAGCAGCACGCUACCGGCCGGUUCCAACUGUCAUUCACCUGCCGCCGCAUCUUCGACGACAACGACUACGAUCGUGGCCAAUAGUUCCGUCGUGUCGGCGAAUAUUCCGCAACAACAGCAGCAUCCGAGCACGCUCACGGCUGCAGCACAACUAUUGCAACAACAGCAGCAAUGCAGGCCGGGGGUAAUAGUGGUGAAGCAGAACUCAUGAUCCGUUACUACUGCGUCAGCGAUCGUUAGUAGCUGUAGCAAUAAUAGUGGUAGCCAUAGCAGCUCAACCGUUGCCCCGUCCUCAUCCAGUACCAUCGCAUUGUUUUCGGCCGCGGCCAACAACAAGGGAAGUAACAGUAUCAAGAGCAAAACUACUCCGCUGCUGGUUAGCGUAAGCAGUAAUCUUAAUAAGCUGAGGUAUGGUAGCAGCAGCAUCAGCAGCAGCACCGGUGGAAGCUUUGGUGUCGCCAAAACAACAGUAUCAGCUCCCGGUAGUAACAGCAACGGCGGUUCACCGAAUGUUGUCAUUACAUACCAGAAAACGAUGGAUGGUACAUGAACGAUUCUCCUAGUGAACAAUAUCCCUGAUUUAUAUCAUUUGUUAAUUAUUUUAUUAGAUGUUAUAUUUUUGGCAUUGCAUUCUUUUUUUUACAACAUAUUUUGCUCGUCCUUUAGCUACGUGCCGUAAUCUUAAAUCUAUAUCUACGAGCUCUACACAUUAGCAACCUACCAACCUACUUACCCACCAUAUUGUGUAGGGUUUAGCAACAACAAAGCUGUAUUAUUAUUAGGUGUUCAUUGGUUUGAAAACACAUUGACACACUCGGUUUGCUUUAUACUGGCGUUGGACAGCAUCAUUCUAUACAACUCUUAGGGUAAGACAUCCUCAAAAGCAAGACCUAAAAGCAAGAGAAUUUUUUCUUGCUUAUUUACUUCUAAGUAUACACAGAACAAUGCAUAUUGUAAGAUUUGAUUUAAGUUUACUUUAAGAUGAUUAAGCAAACGGUUAAGGAUGUAAUGCUAUAAACAGCAGACCAUAAAGGGGGUAGUAUGUACUAGUAGGCGAUAAUAUCUUCAUGGAAUGAUAUCAAAAGUAAGGAAUUAGCGAAGAACAAGUGAGAGAACAUUGAACAUUGUGUACAUCAAACAUACAAAUGUAUGAAACAUAAAAGAUAUUUCAAAUUUCGAUUAAGCGUGUUCGCUUAUUGUUGAGAAUAGCGCAGGUUACGAUUCGAUACGACAAGAAUCAUUUGCGUUAUUAUCAAAAAGCAAGAAGCGCGAACCAUCGUAAAAACAACAAACAACUUGAUUAAAUGGGAAUACAAGAAUGGGGAAUGAGUAGAAAUUGUUUUUCUUUUGCAAGUGGUUAAAACAUGGGAUUUUGCAAAAUGGUUCAUGCAGAAUCGUGGACAACACAGCCGCAAUUCUAGGCAUAUAUUCUUGAAUUGUCUAGAUCAUAGAUUAAUAGGAUAGUUCGAUAGGGUUUCAUCUGCAUUUUUUGUGUUUAAGGAACAAAAUAACAGUACCGGGAAUAAUAUAACUUUCAUUAGCCCUUAAAUCAAACCUCUAAUUGGAUGGAAGGGCACAUGUUAGCGCCAUGACGCAAUAAAUCUGGCUUAUGGCGAUCUAAUAUUGUAAUUGAUGGUGAUAUCUAAGUUGAGGAAACAUGAAAACCGUAAAAUGAGAUAGAGAAAGAGAGCGCGCGCGUGUAAUUAUAAAUAAAUAUCUGACGGUGAUCUGCAGGUGUGCAUAUUUGUAAUGUUCGAACAAUACGUAAAAAGGCAUAUGGAUGAAAGGAAGCGGAUGUAAUGGAAAUUGGUGUUAAAAACUAAAUGACAGAAUGUUUUUGAGUUGAGGAAUUGAUUUUCGCCUGGCAUUGACAUACACUAGUUGUGCACAUUGAUGAAAACGAUUACAAUCGAAUUUUGUUUAAAUAUUUACUAUUUAAAUCAUGAGUUAGAAAUAACUGUCAGAUCUACUCGAAAUGGAGGGUUUAUUCUUGUUUCAUUCCUCAAUUCGAUUCCCAAAGAACAUUGAUGCUGGUGAGUUAAACCAGAUCAUGCUUAGUUGCAAAAUUGUUUGAGAAUUGAGUAUCCUUCUUUUAUAUUCACUACAAUGUCUUGUACUUUGCUUGUACUCAGCAUGUGAUUAACCCAUCCGGGAACAAAGUAAAACGGGAUAGUAUUUCGAGUAGCAUCCAUUUAAUAAAUAUGCGUAAGGAAUAUCCUUUCAAUGGAUACGCAAAUAGAGAACUUUUUUGGUUCUUUCUUUAAACAUUUAAAAGUUGUAUCGUCGAAUAUUCCAAAGUGUUGCACGGUUUGCAGAUUACACGAAUAACGGAUACAAAUAAUGCUGCAUAGUUCAGGACAGAAGCAAACAGGACAGAGUCUGUCGAAUAAAAUUCGUACGUUUUCUUAAGGUUUCUUCUCUAUGCUUGAACCAGUGUGUGGCAAGGAAAAUAUGGCGACAGCAGUUUCAAAUGAAUUAAUUUGAACGAAAACUAUGUGAUCUUUAACAAAAUAGUACAUUCAUUUUAAUUUCAUUUAUAUUGGCAUCUAGUUGUAUUGUUCAAAAGAUUGAUUUUUGCGUUUUUUUGUUUUUGGUUUAUCAACUUCAAAUCCGGCAACUGAAGCAAGAAGGCUUCUGAAACAAAUUGAAAUGAAAUUUUCGGUAUUAGACAAUUUUUUUUCUAGACAAAUGAAAGAGUGAAACGACGCCUCUCAAAACGCAUGAAUCGUAAGGUGGUGGCAUAAAAAGCCUUUUAAAUCAAUUGCGUUAGCAAAAUUUGCAAAACAUUUUCGUUCAUUUAAGUGGAAGAAUGAAUAUGUAAAGAGAAGAUAAAACAACUAACGUUUCAAAUAAUCUUCCGAUAUGGUGUCAGGUUGAAAG